AGCAGAGGAAACAAAUACCCCUCAUCUUUAAACGCUGAAUGGUGCAGUCUCUUUCACUCACAAAAAAGCAAAAGAGAGACCCCUCACACACCCAAAAAAACCCAGAAAUAAAAAUGAAAGUGGUGAAAAAAGUUUAAAACUUUGAUGUGAUAUUAAGUAAUAAAAUAAUAAGGGGGGGAAGAUGAGAAUACUUUAUUUUUUUUGGUUGUUGUUGUUGGAAGGGUGGUUUCUGAUGCAGGAGUUUGUUUGCUUUUGGGGCCUAAAACCUUCCCCACCAGAUGAUGAGAUAAUCAUGUACCCAAAGCCUCAGUUUCAAAUGCUGGACACCAAACGAGUAUAAGGAGAAAGGGGGGGCCAUUGAGAGUGUUAAAAAGGGGAAAAAAGAAGUUACACGCCUCUUUUUUAUCCAAAGUCUGAUGAUUGAUUCCAGUUGGAUUACCUCAGAAAUCAAAUGGGUUACAGUCCAAAAUUUUGGUUUCAAAAUGAGAUUUUUUGUUAAAAAGUUGCAGUCUUGAUACCUUCUUUUGGUUCUACAGACUUUGAGGGAAGGUUGAGAGUUCUUGGUAUAGAAAAAAGCCAAAAUUUUUACUUAUUUCAUAUAAUGAUUCCCUUACAGGUUGCCCAAAAAAAACACUGGGUUGGGUUCAGAUUGUUUGUUUUGGCAUGAUUGCUGAUCCUUUUUUGGUGUUGUUUCAAAAGUAAGGCUUGGUUUUUGAUGGGAGAGAAAAAAAUAGCUUAGUAUUUGAACUUUAAAGUGGAUGAUAAAGGGAGAAAGCAAAGAGGUUUGGAGUUUGAACCACUUUGCUUUCUUGGUAUGGUGGAUAAUUGGACUUGUUUUUGUUGAGAAAUGGGUUGAAUUUUCUGCUGAGUUGUGUUCUUGGUUAGGGAAUCUUGUGAAGCUCUCAAGGCUCCUUGGGGAAAUACACAAGCGUACGUUGGUCAAGAUGUCUAUGAACGGCAAGCUUUAUGGUUCUAAUUGUAGAUUAUCAGCAAAUUUCAGGCUGAAGAAGGCAAAGGAGACUAUGCAUGGACCCAAUUCUUUCAGGAAAUGGAAGAGAAACCUUCUAUUUCUCUGGCUUUUAGGCUUUGUUUCCACGGGGAUUAUUUGGUUUUUCUUGAGUUUCAAUAGUGUAUCUCCGGAGGGAAAUGAGAAGAGUCCUGAUUCUUGUGAGGAGAAGGCAAGAAUCUUGCUCCAACAUUUCAAUGUUAGCAAGAACCAGUUUCAUACUCUAGCUUCGUUCUUCUAUGAAUCAGAUCAGAUAGCAUUCCUCGAAUGUGCCAGACAUUCAGGACUUAAAAAGCAAUCAAGUGAUGGAAUUGCCUGUGCUCUUAAAGUACUGUGUUCAGAGAAGCAAGACUUCAAAAAGCAGCAGAUGUGGUUUGUAAAAACUACAGUACUUAAGGAUCAAUGCCCAGUCCAAGUUGAAAAUAUUCCCACUGAGCAUGACUUGUCAUUGCUGGAGCAGGACACUUCUGUCUCACAAAAUGCUGUUUUGUUGACAUCAUUGGAGCAUCAUAGCGGCAGAAAGAACAUCUUGCAAAGAAGUGCACUAGGAGUCCACUCAAAAGACCAUUGUGAGAACUUGUCUUUUUGUAUGGUGAAAGGAUGUUGGCUGCUUCUUGUUGGGGUGAUACUGAGUUGCAGGAUUCCAGGAAUUCGUUGGAAGCUCCGGAGGAACAGAAAGAAUGAACCAGCUCCAUUGCAGCCUGUAGCUCAGCAACUACAGCUGCUACUGCAACAGAAGCAGCAUCAGCAAGCCCAGAGCCCUGCCAAAGGUGCAGGGAAGUGGAGAAAGAAACUCCUAGUCAUUUUUGUUCUUCUGGGGAUCCUUACAUCCUUCUGGUUAUUUUGGCAUUUAAACCAAAAGAUCAUUUUGAGGAGAGAAGAGACGCUUGCCAACAUGUGUGAUGAAAGAGCACGGAUGUUGCAAGAUCAGUUCAAUGUUAGCAUGAAUCAUGUUAAUGCAUUGGCUAUUCUUGUAUCCACUUUUCACCAUGGGAAGCAUCCAUCUGCCAUCAAUCAGAAAACAUUUGGUGAAUAUACUGAGAGAACAGCUUUUGAGAGGCCACUCACCAGUGGUGUUGCUUAUGCAUUGAAAGUUCUUCACUCAGAGAGAGAGCAAUUUGAGAAACAGCAUGGAUGGACAAUAAAGAAAAUGGAAACUGAGGACCAGACUUUAGUCCAAGAUUGCCUAACAGAAAAUUUGGAUCCUGCACCCAUUAAAGAUGAAUAUGCACCAGUGAUAUUUUCACAAGAAACUGUGUCUCAUAUUGUCUCUAUUGACAUGAUGUCUGGAAAGGAAGACCGUGAGAACAUCCUAAGGGCAAGGGCAACUGGAAAAGGAGUAUUGACAUCACCUUUUAAGCUGUUAAAAUCCAAUAACCUUGGUGUUGUGCUCACAUUUGCUGUUUAUAACAAGGAUUUGCCUCCAGAUGCUACACCAGACCAACGUAUUGAAGCGACUGUGGGGUAUCUUGGUGCAUCUUAUGAUGUCCCCUCCCUGGUGAAGAAGCUUUUGCACCAACUUGCCAGCAAGCAAACAAUUGUUGUCAAUGUUUAUGACACAACCAAUGCAUCUGCUCCUAUCAGCAUGUAUGGUACUGAUGUAACUGAUACUGGCCUACUGCAUGUCAGCAACCUUGAUUUUGGGGACCCAUUAAGGAAGCAUGAGAUGCACUGCAGGUUCAAGCAAAAACCUCCAUUACCUUGGACUGCUAUAAAUGCUUCACUAGGAGUCCUAGUUAUUACUUUGCUUGUUGGUCAUAUCUUCCUUGCAGCUAUAAGUCGAAUUGCAAAAGUAGAGAAUGACUACCGUGAGAUGAUGGAGCUCAAAGCUCGUGCUGAAGCUGCAGAUGUAGCCAAAUCUCAGUUUCUAGCUACUGUUUCCCAUGAGAUCCGGACUCCAAUGAAUGGUGUUUUAGGUAUGCUGAAAAUGCUGAUGGACACAGAUCUUGAUGCAAUCCAAAGGGACUAUGCUGAGACUGCUCAUGCUAGUGGGAAAGAUCUUAUCUCACUGAUAAAUGAGGUCCUUGAUCAGGCUAAGAUAGAAUCAGGCAAGCUUGAACUUGAGGACGUGCCCUUUGAUCUACGCUCUCUUCUUGAUAAUGUUCUCUCACUCUCCUCAGACAAAUCUAAUGGUAAAGGGAUUGAGUUGGCCGUUUAUGUAUCUGAUCGGGUUCCUGAAGUUGUUGUUGGUGAUCCUGGACGGUUUCGGCAAAUAAUUACAAAUCUUGUUGGAAAUUCAAUUAAGUUCACGCAAGAUAAGGGACAUAUUUUUGUCUCAGUGCAUCUGGUAGAUGAAGUGAAAGGCGCAUUUGAUGUGGGAGACAAGGUGUUACAACAAGGCUUGAAUUUAGUUCAAGACAUGUCAAGCAGAACAUAUAAUACAUUAAGUGGGUUUCCAGUGGUAGACAGAUGGAAAAGCUGGGAGAAUUUUAAAGUAUUAAAUGGCAAAGAUACAACGGAGGAUCCUGAAAAGAUUAAAUUACUAGUUACAGUUGAGGACACUGGUGUAGGAAUUCGUUUAGAUGCACAAGCUCGAAUUUUCACUCCUUUUGUGCAAGCUGACAGUUCCACUUCACGACAUUAUGGUGGGACUGGAAUAGGAUUGAGCAUCAGCAAACAUCUGGUGGAACUCAUGCAUGGGGAGAUUGGGUUUGUGAGUGAAUCUGGUGUUGGCAGUACUUUCUCAUUUACUGGAGCUUUUGGAAAAGGCGAAGCGAGUUCUCUGGAUCCAAAGUGGAAGCAAUAUGAUCCAGCGGUUUCAGAAUUCCAAGGAUUGGGAGCACUGGUUAUUGAUAAUAGAAGCAUCCGAGCUGAGGUCACCAGAUAUCAUCUACGGAGAUUGGGAAUAUCUGUGGAUAUAACUUCCAGUAUAGAGUCAGCAUGUACCUAUUUGUCAAGCACUUGCGGCACAAGUGCAUUUGCACAUUUGGCCCUGAUUCUUAUUGACAAGGAUGUUUGGAAUCAGGAAACAAUUCUUCAGUUACGUUCUUUGCUCAAAGAACAUAGGCAAAAUGGCAGGCUAGAUGUAUCAACACAUGUUCCAAAGAUUUUUCUCUUGGCUACCUCCAUGAGCCCUGCUGAACGCUCCAAGCUUAAGACUGCUGGUUUUGUAGAUAAUGUGCUGAUGAAGCCUCUUCGGUUGAGUGUCUUGAUUGCCUGUUUCCAAGAAGCCCUUGGAAACGGUGGAAAGGACCAAAUACAGAGAAAGAAAACAUCUACACUUGGGACCCUACUUAGAGACAAGCGGAUUUUAGUGGUUGAUGACAAUAAAGUUAACAGAAGAGUGGCAGAAGGUGCGUUAAAGAAAUGUGGAGCAAUUGUUUCCUGUGUGGAAAGAGGCCGGGAUGCGUUGGACAAGCUUAAGCCACCCCAUAAUUUUGAUGCCUGCUUCAUGGAUCUCCAGAUGCCAGAAAUGGAUGGGUUUGAAGCAACUAGGCAAAUCCGCAGUGCAGAGAGUGAGGUCAACAAAAAAAUUGCUUCUGGAGAAACAUCAAUUGAGAUAUAUGGAAAUGUGUCUCACUGGCACAUUCCAAUAUUAGCAAUGACAGCUGAUGUAAUCCAGGCUACAAAUGAAGAGUGCAUGAAAUGUGGGAUGGAUGACUAUGUUUCAAAGCCUUUUGAGGAAGAGAAACUUUAUUCAACUGUUGCUCGUUUUUUUAAGUCUGGUUGAUAAAAUGGGAGGUGUUUGAACUUUCAUUGUCCAGGUUGAUCCCUAUGUCUUUUGGUUGUCUGACAAGUGACAAGCCUUAACUGCCAUGCGGUUUCACUGACCUAUGUCUUGCUGCAUAUUGGUGGACGUCUGAAAUACGGAAUGCUGAGCUUGCAUCCAUGAUUUGGCUUUCAAGUGUGUUGAAUACCAGGGAAGGGUGUUCAAAUUCUUCUGAAUGUUGGUUGCCAUCCAUUUUGCUCAAUAUAAUCACUUGCCUAGUACAAAGGAAAAAGUGGUGCUUUUCCUGUACACACCAAUUUUUAUUUAAUUGUAAUUAACCGACCUCCUCCCCCCCAUAUUUUAUAUGUUGUCAGCCAAACAAUAAAAUUUAUGUAGAGUUUCCAUUUUUCAAGCUCUUGUAAGAUGAGUGAUUCAUUUUUAUUAUCAUAGUCAGUUUUUAUGUCAGAAAUCUGCACAAACUUCACGGAUCAAAGUUAGAACUAUCAUUUUACUGGAGUCAAAUAUGGGCAUCUUGAAAUGUUACCAUUUUUCAUUCCAAUGGAAUUAAAGGUAGAUACAAUUGCUGGUUGGAAGUUCAGUGAAACUUAAGAAAAUAGCAAACUCCCUCAACCGACAAAUUAAGUUGGCAAUGCAUGCUGUUUUCUGCGCUGAAAGAUUAUGUUCCUCUUGAUUUCUUUGGUUGUCUGCUACUUGUUGUACGUUAUCCUUUUCAUUUUUUUCUUGGUACAAUCAGUGUGAACUAAUUGUAUCAUAUAAUUUUGCCGUGGUUGUAAGUAAUAAAUUGCUUGAUUUGAUUUGAUUUUGUAAAUAUUUUGUUCUCUCUUUUUGUCUAAUGGUGUUGCCAAGCACUUGUGGGUAGGGUUAUGAACUACUCACAAAAAAGCCUAGCCAUCGAUCUAAUGCUUAAUUUUGGAUGGUGAGCAUCAACAUGAAGUGGAGAUUCUGCGUCCAUAAUUUAUCAUCUAAUCUUUUAUUUACUUGUUUCUUUUCAUCUUUUGUGUAUAUGAACACUGCUCAAAUUUUGAGUGUUUGAGCAGUUUCUGAGUUGAAAAUGUCAUCAUCCCAUUUUUUUCUCUGAAGUUGAAUGUUGUAAAAGGAUUAGCAUAUAACACGGAGAGGCAGUGAUCAGGUGCUAAUACUGGAAAUUUUGCUGAAAGAACUCCCAAGAAAAAUUGGAAAAUUUAUUCUAAAGUUUUGUUUUUGUUUCCAGGGAACACCGUUAUUUCUAGUUUGUCCAAAGUUAGAAGACAGCCAA